AUGGUUGAUAUAGGGGCAUACGGCCGAGAGAGCUAUGGUGGAGUGUUUCAAGAGAGUUAUUUUGGGUCCAAACUGCUGAAGAAGACCCUGGAUUUACCACCGCCAGCUGUCCUGUCAGGUGUCCAUCUCAAUAAACCUGGCCGUACCUGGAACUACCACCCCUCGUCGGAGAAUGUUGCAGCUGACCCACGUGUUUGCCUUAUCUGUGGAGACCGCGCCACAGGCCUGCACUAUGGCAUCAUCUCCUGCGAGGGCUGCAAGGGCUUCUUCAAGCGCAGCAUCUGCAACAAGCGCGUGUACCGCUGCAGCCGUGACAAGAACUGCGAGAUGUCGCGCAAGCAGCGCAACCGCUGCCAAUACUGCCGCCUGCUCAAGUGUCUACAGAUGGGAAUGAACCGCAAAGCAAUCAGGGAAGAUGGCAUGCCAGGAGGGAGAAACAAAAGCAUUGGGCCUGUCCAGAUCACAGAUGAGGAGAUUGAGCGGAUCAUGUCGGGACAGGAGUUUAAGGAGGAAGCCAGUCUCCCGGAGCACACCUGGAGCAACAAUGGUGACAGUAGUGACCACAGUUCCCCUAGCAACGGCGCCUCCGAGGGCAACCAGCCAUCACCCGCAUCCACUCUGUCAUCCAAUCGCUCUGUAGAGAUGAAUGGCGGCUACACGGCUGCUCUCAGGGACCAGUACAUGAACACCCCCAUGAACACCCCCUACCAGCUGCUACCUCACCUCUUCAGCUACCAUGCCCAGUCAGGCCUGCUGGCCCCCCAGCCCCGCAACCUCUACCCCCAGUCACACCCCCUGGUGCUGCAGCUAGUGGCUGCAGAGGACCUGGCUCCACUGACCACCCCCAUGCUGAUAGAGGAUGGGUACAAGGUGACUCAGGUGGAGUUGUUUACGCUGCUGUGUCGUCUGGCCGACGAGCUGCUUUUUCGUCAGAUCUCGUGGAUCAAGAAGCUGCCGUUCUUCUGCGAGAUGUCCAUUGAGGACUACACCUGUCUGCUCAGCUCCACCUGGCAGGAGCUCAUCCUGCUCUCCUGCCUCACCAUCUACAGUGCGCAGAUCUUUGGAGACCUGGCCGACGUCACCACCAAGUACACGCCCUCUGAGGACGAGAUGCAGGGAUUCAGUGAGAAUGGCAUGGAGGUGAUGGAGAGGCUGAUCUAUCUGUUCCGCAAGUUCCACCAGUUGAAGGUCAGCAACGAGGAGUACGCCUGCAUGAAAGCCAUCAACUUCUUGAACCAAGAUAUCCGCGGUCUGACUAACGUCUCCCAGUUGGAGCAGCUGAACAAGCGCUACUGGUACGUGUGUCAGGACUACACUGAGUACAAGUACCCUCACCAGCCCAAACGCUUCCCCGAGAUCAUGAUGUGUCUGCCAGAGAUCCGCUUCAUGGCAGGCAAGCUGGUGAAUGUUCCCCUGGAACAGCUCCCCCUUUUGUUCAAAGCAGUCUUGCACUCCUGCAAAUCCAGCCUAAUCAGCUACAGGACAGGAAGUUCCCCCUGUCUGACUUCUACGGGUACCUCCCCUGGGAACUGAGCCCUGCCCUGCUGGCUCUAGGACCACCCCUUUACUCAGAGCUGGCCUAGGGGGCAGGGCAAGGGACUGGUCCUCCUUCCUGUGAAUGUGACAAGCAGCUAGUUUUAUAAAGCUUUUUUUCUCUAUAUAUUUAUUACACGACAGAGCUGAAUGUAUGCUGAUUUAUGCUGUGCACAUGCUUCUGUACAAACUAAAUGCACAUUGAUGCAUUGGUCUUUGGAGUUUACACGUGUGUAUCCGAUUGCUCAAUGUGUCGGUGUUGCCAUUGUUAGAACUUGAUUUGAAACAUUUAUUUUAUUCGGAUGGGGCCGGGUAUAAAUGAGUUGACAAGUGUUUUGAGACUACCUCAGGAAGAUGUUGUUUCUAUUUUCAGGUACCUUUUUCUCGCUGUUUUGAAAUGAAGAGUUGCUCAGUCUAAAUCCAAUCCCUGUAAAUGCUUUAAACUCCUGAAUCAUAGAUUGAUAAGUAGGCCUUUACCACAAAAUUGACCAAAGGCAUUGCUGUAUUUUGAACCAAAGAUAAAAAAGUGUUCACCCCUGCAAUCAACAAAUGAAUGUUCACUACUGGUGUAUUGUCCCCCUUCUUGUAGUAUUUUUCUAUACUGUGUUACACACACUAUCUCUUACAGAACCCACAGACAGACUUCCUGUAAGGGAUGGGCUGGUCAGUCUUGAACAUUCCUAGACUUUCAGUGAGGUGACUUUUAGCUGGAUUGUGGGAUCUUCGUAGAAAACGAGCAUACGGGUAUUUUCUACAAUCAUAGACUGCGGAACAAAUUGAAUUGCAGGGGUAGGGGAAGUUUGCUAUUAGCUGUAUUGAUUUUUGUUGUUGUUGACCAAAGUGUUAUGCAAAGCUUUUUCAAGCAGAACCCAUAGAUGGGUGAUGAGCCGAUAGCUCAAUGUAAUGAUUUCUUAUCAAUGAAGGACCCGAAUAAGAAAUGAAUCAAUGUGCGUCGGAGCUGGAGGGGAGAACUUCUGCUGACAGACAGACACACAGUGUAGCUGUUUCCCAUCCUAACCCCUAAUGCUGAGACACCACAGACAAAGGCCCCACUGUCUUCCCUCCUAGUCCCUGUAGCACCCAUCUGUUGCUCCAGACAUACAACUUUUAGCCCUCCACUGGUACUCCCUUGCCCAAUCCUUAGCCUCUGCACAUGCUCAUUGGGUCGGUGGUCCGGUCCGCACAGUUAGGCUAGAAGGACAUGCUGGCCUGCUCAUUUUUACUACUACAUCUUUAGACAGUGUUGGGUUUGGAAUGCUCAGGUGACUACUUUUUGGCUGUAAAAGAGGAGAGAUGGAGGAGACAUUAGGGGCUUGUCUAUUAAUCUGGAAGGACUAGAGGUUACUUCCGGCUUGCACAUCAUCUGAGACAGAUAUGCACAUUGUUUAAAAAAAAAAAAACAUACAGAGAAAUAGGUUCUUUAUUUUCUAUGUAUGAGAUGAUCAUUUCGCCCACUUGAAGAGUCUUUUUUGAUCAUUCAGGUUUUAUCUGUUUCAUAGUAACCGUUGUUUGAACAUUUGGGGCAAUGCAGUCCUUAAAAUGACUCUCUUUUAUGCGUGCUGUGGUGAGGCAGGACACAUUCUUUGACCAUGACCGUGGCAAAGUCCCCACCCUGCAUGCUCCUCUCUCUCAGGUCCUUGUGGACCUGUAUUUAAACAGGGUAAAGUGAGUGUUAUGUAUUGCAUUCAGGAGUUAUUCAGUGAUCACAAUGCUGAUGUACUUGUAGGAUUCGUAGUCGUAGGAUUCAGGACAUUGUAGGUCCUUUUUAGAAGGUGUUUUCUUUUUCAAAUAUUUUCCUGUUUUAUGAAAGUGAAUGUGUUGGUUAUAAGGGCAUGUUUUAGAACAGAUUGUUUUCGAACAGAUUUAAAACAACUGGUGAACCAGUGCUCCCAGUUCAGUGUUGAGAUGAUUUGGCUGAAGGUGGCCUGAGACAGGGCCGAAAUGCCAGAGAUGUCCCCUUUCCAAACUGAGCAUGCUCAAAAUAACCUCAACUAUCAUGUCGGCUUACUCUCUCCCUUCACCACUACUGUAAGUCCAGCCUAGUUUGUCUAUCUCAGCCUUAACACUACUACCUGCCUUAAAGGAGUACUCCACCCCAAAAACGAUAUUUUGUUAUUUGUUUCAUUUGUCCAUUGUUGACAUAGUCCCAAAAUGUUUUGCUUGUCAGCAAUCAAUUUUCAAGAUAUGUAACUUUUAAAAUACAGAAAUCAUCCCCCAUAUGAUGCAUCUCUGGGUGGAAUGUUCCUUUAACACUGUACUAUCUUAUGCCCUGAACCACCCUUUGAAUACUUUCACCAAUGGUGUGUUCUUUGUUUCAGUAGUUUUCAAGUAGCCACCUUUCCAUCUUUUUUUUUUAAUACAUUUUCAAUGUUAUUGUUAAAGCUAGAAUCCUUAAUUAGAACAAUAACAAAGCGGUCACCCCGCCUUAGUUUUGGUAAAAAGCUGAGGGAUGGGCCUGGAGUAAUGUAACCACUCUCAAAUUCAUAGACAGAGCUAUGGAUGCA